AGCAGCUCACGCUGCACGCAGUUAUCUUCAGAAACAAACAUGUCCGAUCUUGACAACACUCUGAUGGCGCCGAACGAAGCAGACGACAUCCGGUCGUCACACAUGUCAGAACUAACUACUGCACUUGGCGCCAUCUGGAGGAAACGUCUUUACACCGACCUGACGCUGGUGGUGGACGGGAAGGGGCUCAAGUGCCACAGGGCCAUAUUAGCGGCAGCCUCGCCCUACUUCCACUCUAGGCUCUUCAACGGCAAGAGGGAAUCCACAACAGAUAAGCUGUAUGUCAACACCGUGUCUAGAUCUGUGAUGGCACAAGUGCUAGAGUUUAUAUAUUUUGGUGACUGUCACAUCACAGACAAGAAUGGACAAGGCAUAAUGAAAGCGGCGUAUGCAUAUGAAAUAAGUGGACUUAGAAAGAAAUGUGACUAUUUUCUAAGUGAGAAAGUGAACGCAGAGAAUGCUCUGAAGAUGUACGUGUUCGCCACGGAAACGAGAUCGCCUUUCUUGGAGCAAGCCGCUCGCGCGGUGGUGGUGAAACAUUUUGUCAGAUUGGCACAAAUGAGGCUGUUUAAAUCUCUUGCUCCAGCAGAACUGAUCAGAAUCAUUAGUGACAACGAGUUGUGCGUGCCCAAUGAGGAGGUGGUGUGUGACAUAAUUCUCCAGUGGGCGACGCACGAUAAGGUCAACCGGAAACACGUUCUUGGGGAAAUAUUCAAAUAUGUCCGCCUGCCGAACGUGAAGGAAGACUACAUCAGGCAGGUGCUGGAGAACAAUGCCCUGGUCAGGGACAACAGUGACUGCAUCAAAUUGAUGAAUGAAGCUAAAGUGUUUCAUUCAGACCCUGGGCGACGACAUGAGACAACGUCAUCACACCUUGACUACCGCGAAGACGCACAUAUCGACGACGUCGUUGUUAUCAUUGGAGGAGCCAUGUCAGGGGACUCCAGGUUCAAGUGCAAUCAAAUGGUUGUCGCCUUUAACCUGAAUCUUAAGAAAUGGUUCCCCUUGGCUUCCCUUCCGUACGGCUUUGACUCGGGUACAGCUUCUUGCACGUGUGGGAACGACAUCUACAUCAGCGGGGGCGGCGACUCCAGACAGGCGCUGGCCUUGUAUGAGAGCAAGGAGGACGUGUGGCAUGUCUGUGCCCCGAUGCUGACUGGAAGGAGGGGCCACGCUAUGGUUCCCUUCGGGUUGAGUCUGUACGUGUUUGGGGGAGCCAUCGGUCAGCGUCCCGAAGGCAAGCUGAGAAUGACGGCCUCGAUCGAGGAAUACGACAUGCACGAGAAUACGUGGCAUCAGUGUGGACAGAUGGCGGAGUCUGUGUGGGGGAUGUCCGCGGCUGUGUGUGGGGAGAGCGUGUUUCUGAUGGGGGGGUAUAUAGACAGAGAGACCCCCACGACCAUCAUACAGAUGUACGACCCCACUCUGAAGACGUGUUCCGUUGUAAGUAGUCUCCCCUUCCCAUGCGGCCUGUCCAGAGCAGUGAUCACAGACGACGUCUACCUCCUCUGCCCGACUGGGGACAUCCUCCACUCCCGCGACUGCCUCGCAUUCAAUCACGUGGCCACCCUCCCCCACUUCACCCGUGCUCUGUUCGGAGUGGCCCCCCACCAGGGCGACGUGCUCAUGUUUGGGGGGAAGUACGGUAAUGAUGUGUUUGAGGACAUUCUGGUGCUGGACCUCAAGACAAUGGCAGUCAGUUUUAUACCGGAGAAGUUGUACAAACCCGUGUGGGGAUUUGCUUGUGUAAAAACAUGUCUGCCGCGAAGGAACAUGAUGAAAACAGCUAUUACUGAAUUAUGGGAUUAGAAGGAUGUUGGUAUAUGGCGAGACCGCCGGCAUGGCGGUGUGACGGUCGUUUAUAUCGAGAUCCCAUCACAUAUUCGACGGAAGCUUCAGAUACAUUGGUGUAGGAUUUGCACCUGAACCUGGUUGACUUGUUAUUAUACAUGGAACGUAUUAAAUAGUUUUAUCAAGAUUUGUGUUGUUUAGUACAGUUACUAUUUCCACACAUAGAAUCUCAAUUCUAGUAUGACAGGGGCGGUGGGGUAGCCUAAUGGUUAAAGUGUUCGCUCGUCACGCCGAAGAUCAGGUUCGAUUCUCCCAGGUGUGAAGCCCAUUUCUGGCGUUCCCCCGCCGUGAUAUUGCUGGACCAUUGCUAAAAGCAGCGUGAAGCAAUACUCACACACAUUAGUAUGACACAUUCCACACACCUUUUCACCACCAUAGUUUCGUUUUUAAUCCAUAUGACACGUUACAUAUAGCCUCCAAUGAAAUUACACUCAUGUUGCAUAUAGCCUCCAAUGAAAUUACACUUAUGUUACAUAUAGCCUAUGAAAUUACCAUUGGUGGAGGUGGUAUAGUAAAAGUCGUAGCCUAUAUGGUGCCUGCAGGUGUGCGUGCGUUCUGCACCUUUCUGCUUGUAACGCGUUGGCCAGGUGUGGGAGUGUCUGUGGCGUGUACUGACGUUGACGCAAACUUCGAUCGAGUUCAUCCCAGAGGUGUUUGAUUGGGUUGAGAUCUGGAGAUCUCGACGGCCAGGGCAAGGCAUUAAUGUUGGCAUUAUGAAGGUAGUCUACCGUGACACGAAUUGUGUUCGGUGAACCGUUGUCCUGUUGAAACAGCUCCCUCUGGCGGUCAAUGAUUGGAAGAAGGUGGGGUUGAAGAAUUUGAUUCAUGUAGCGAUUUGCUGUCAAAUUUACCUGAACCACAACAAAGUCAGAUCUCCUGGUGUAGGAUAUGGUGCCCCACACCAUGACACUACCGACACCGAAAUUGUGGAAUUCACGUGCACAAUGUGGGGCAAAACGCUCAUUUUGACGAAGAUGAACUCGUUGGCUUCCAUCUUGCCGGUGAAUAUUCAUCACUAAACCACACUCGUCUCCAGUUUCUCAAACUCCAAUGCUGUAAGGCAUCAUGGCGCCAACGCAAGCGUCGCUGUCGAUGGACCUGUUACAAAACAGGUACGAUAACUGGUCUUCUGGGUCGGAUUCCAGUCUCACGAAGAUGGUUCCUGACAGUCUGGUCCGAUAUCCUCCUCAAACCAGGGAUGCGUCCUGCAGUCUCCGUAGCUGUGGCAUUGCGAUGACGUAGGUGGAACUGUCGAAUGUAGCGAUUCUGUGCAGGGAUGGUAACUCUUGGUCGGCAGGUUCUCGGACGGUCUGCAGUGGAAUUGAACUGUGUCUAUCCGUCCCAAAGGCGGCAAAUGGUGCUGUUGUAGACGUUGAAGUGGCGUGCAACAGAAGACUGCGAU